CUGGGCCGGGGGGGGGCGGCCAUGAGGGGUCGGGCUGCGGGUCGGUCCGGUGCGGGCGGCCCCGGUACGGGCGGGUUCGGGGCAGCCCCGUCCCCACGUGACGCCCGCACCGCGCGGGGGCGGCUCCGGUUCAUUCAUAAAUCCCGGGGCCGCCCCGUAACCGCACCGAGCUCAGAGGAGGCGAUGGAGCCCCGGGACCGGCUGUAGGACGUAACCCGGCUCGGAUCGGACCAUGAACGAUGACUCGACCCCGUGGGACAACGCGACGGAGAGCAGCACGGCGCUGCCCGGCGAGGUGUCCCCCCAGGAUGGCUACGUGCUGCUGCUCGCCCUGCUCUCCAUCUUCAUUGGGGGGACGUUGGUGCUGCUCUCGGGGAUCCUGAUCAUCUGCCGUCGCUGCUGCGAGGCCGAUCGUCGCCACUCCAGAGCCAGCGAUGACCCCGAGAAAACCACCACUACGUACCUGGAUGACUCGCAGCCAGCCCAGGAUAUCACUAUCAAAGUGGAGGACCCCGAGUGCAUGUCGGCCUCCAGCUACCGCGAUGCAGAGAGCGAGAGGUUCCUGUCCUCCAGCUCCUCCAGCGCACGCCGCGUCUCCUUCAAUGAAGCUGCGCUUUAUGAGCAGGGCAAGAAGACCCAGGAGAAGGGGAGGAGGUACACGCUGACAGAGGGGGAUUUUCACCACCUGAAGAACGCCCGCCUGACCCACCUGCAUCUGCCCCCACCUGCCCUUAAGAUCGUCACCAUCCAUGAGUGUGAGUCCAGUGAGAACAGCCUGGCCAUGACCCCCCGCCGGCCCCCACCCAAACCCGGCCUCGCCAUCUUCCAGCCUCCCGGGGGGGCCGUGCCGCAGCCUGGCCAUGCUGUGUGCCCCAGCUCAGCACUGCCCGGGGACACCUACAACUCCACGGCAGGAGGGAGCCCUGCCAGCUCCUCUGACUCCGGGGAGGGACCUUCGUUCAGCGCAGCACCCCGGAGUGGGAAGGGGCCCAUUGCGGGCAGUGGCAGCCCUGGGGAUGCCCCCCCAGCCCCUACACAGGGCCCAGUGCUGCAGUUCUUCACCCGCCUGCGCCGUCACGCCAGCCUGGAUGGGGCCAGCCCCUACUUCAGGAUCAAGAAAUGGAAACUGGAGAGCACCCAGCGGGCAUCCAGCCUGGAUACAAGAGGGUCCCCCAAGCGCCGCCAGUUCCAGCGGCAGCGUGCAGCCAGUGAGAGCAUGGACCAGGAGGACCGAGACCCCCACCAGACCGACAUCAUCCAAUACAUCGCCCACACCGACGACGUCGCCUUCCACCCCGCGGGCGGCCCCUUCCUGCCCUCCCCCAGCAGCCCCCCUCCCUCUCUCGGCAGGUUAGAGCCGGCCGAGGACAGUCCCGGCGAGGCGGCGGCCCCGGAGCAUCGCAGCGUCGGUCACGACAUCUGGAGCCUCCGCGCCUCGCUGGAGCUGUACGCGGCGUCCGAGCGAAGCAACGACCAGGACUCGGUGCGCAGCGACGGAGCGGACAGCGUCUCGUCGGGCGGCGCGGCCCCCUGCCCCUCCUCAUCCCUGGACGAGGCCGAAGGCCCCGACGAGAAGCUCUGGGCCCGGCCCAAAGCGGAGGAGUCGGAGCCCGGUACCCGCAAGCUGCUGCAGAUGGACAGCGGCUACGCCUCCAUCGAGGCUCCGGGCCGGGGGGGUGAAGAGGGGCCGCCCGCGGACCAAACGGCGUCGGAGAAACGGAUCUGCUUCACCAGCGCCGGGAGGAAAGGAACCAUCUUCGAGAGCUUCGAGGGCCGAGAACCCGACGAGGAGGAGGAGGAGGAGGACGAGGAGGAGGAAGCGAAGCGAGGCGCGGUGGGCGGGGGGGUCCCGAUGCGCACCCACAGCCCCCUGGCCUGGUCCCCCUACGGGCAGAUGUUGACGGGUCGGGACGCUCCGUGUCCGCGGAGGGAUUACAGCAUCGACGAGAAGACGGACGCGCUGUUCAACGCCUUCGUGCGGCACGACCCGCAGUUCGACGAGUCCCCCCCCCGGGGGAAGCACCGCUCCCGCACGCACCUCCGCAAGCAAUGGCAGCACACCAAGCAGUACAGCGACCCGGGGGUGAGAUACCCCGCGUUAGAACGGCACCGCACCCCGCUGCGCCGCGGGGACAGCGCCAACUCCCCGUUGGACGCCCGGUUCCACGGGCCGCUGCCCCGCAUCGUCAGCGCCGGGGAUGAAGAAGCGGCCGAAGCGGACGCCGGUACCGCCCCGCUGCCCGAACCUGAGAUACAGGUGAUCGUGGAGGAGCCCGUUGAGGAGCAUCGGGCCGGGCCGGAACGCGGCGGAGGUGGGGAGGAAUGUCCCGGCCCCGGUCGGUGCGUGGAGCCGCGUCCCGGUGCGGAGCUGCUGGACAAGAUAACGGGAGGAAUCGAGGAGCGGCUGUACGGGCACCUGCGGAGGGAGGCGGAGGGGAUGCGGGACGACACGGAGAGCGCGGUGGCCGUAACCGCCGGCGAUGCGCCCCCCGACCGCAGCCCCGCGUAGGGAGCACGGGGUGCGGGGUCCGACGUUGUGCGGGGGGGGGCUGAGCCUCACCGCGGGGCCGAGUCGAGCUGACACGGCGGAGGGGAACGUUCCGCACCCGCGGAGGUUCCUACGAGCAAUAACGGCGCUGCGCCCGGCGCCGGGACCCGGCCUGGGGGCGGGGGGCGGCUCACGGGGCAGAGCGGCCACGGGGUGGGGGGCAGCUCCCCGCCCGCCCCCUUCGCCGUCGAGGAAGGAGAUGUCUCGGUUCGCACGGGCUUUGUACGACGGGAUGGGGGGGAUUGAAGGUGGUCGAAAGAAGGACCGAACGCAGCCCCACAUCGGUCCACGCGGCGGGGCGGGUGGGGGCGGAGGGGAGGGGGCUGCGGCGGUGCUUCCUCCCCCCCCCCCCCCCCCCCCCCCCCCCCCGUCAUCCCCCAUCUCAAUUGCAUGCGAGCACAGAGGCCGGGCCGCGCCUUCCCUUGUGCAGAGCCGAAGCACCACCUCCAAAUCCGCGUUUUUAAGUCUUAUCAAUGAAGGAAAAGAAAAAAAAAAGCAACAAAACCAAA